UGAGACCAUUGGCUUACAAGCAAUGACUCCAAAAGUCUACUUAUCCACUCAUACUACAAACCAGAAGCUCACACUUGCUUCUUCCAUGGCUUUAUCCUUUGCUUCUUUAACUAACUUCUCCAAGAUGCAGUCAGGGGUAUGGUACAGUGGAUCUAUCACGCCACGAGUCACUGUCAGAUGCUGUGAGACCGCCAAAGAACCUCCACAAAAAUCAAAGCUUCAAGUGGGAUCACCAAUAAUCAUCGUGGAAGCCCCCAAAGUUAUAAAAACAGCUGCUUCAAUGCCUUGUCUUAGAGCUAACGCUGGCUUGGUCAAGCCUGGCGAUGUUGGAAGAAUAGUGUCGAGAAAACCUAAGGACUUGUGGGCAGUUCGACUUUCCAUUGGAACGUAUCUUUUAGAUGGUAAAUAUUUCAAAGCUUUAGAGCUUGAAGAGUGAGCUGGUGAUUGCGAUAAUGCCAUGUAAUAAAUUUCAGAUUCAAUAAGGGCACUAGUCAUGUAACAAAAGAGGCUGGUUCAAAUCAUGGAUGCUUAUAACACACUAGUCU